AUGUGUUCAACCUACCGUGUGUUCAACCCACCAUGUGUUCAAACCACCGUGUGUUCAACCCACCGUGUGUUCAACCUAUCGUGUGUUCAACCCACCGUGUGUUCAACCCACAGUAUGUGGAACAUGGACAUGGACGUGGACGUGGACGUGGUCGUGGACGUGGAGGACUUGGACGUGGACAUGGACGUGGACGAGGACUUGGACUUGGACGAGGACUUGGACUUGGACGUGGACGUGGACAUGGACGUGGACGUGGACGUGGACGUCGACGUGGACGUGGACGUGGACGUGGACGUGGUCGUGGUCGUGGACGUGGACGUGGACGUGGACGUGGACGUGGACGUGGACGUGGACGUGGUCGUGGACGUGGACGUGGACGUGGACGUGGACGUGGACGUGGACGUGGACGCUCUCGGGAAGUCUCUUGGAUAG